AUGAUAUUAUCGAUCAUAUGGCUUUACUAUUGAUUUAUUUUUGUUUAUGGACUGCCUAUUUCAAUUUAUCUGAGCUUGAGCACUCCUCAAAAAAUUUCAGAAUACGCUCGAUCACUUGAAGAAAUAAACCAAGUUGAAUCAAACUCUGAAAAUAGUAUAUAUGUAAUUGGCCUGAAUAAUACUUUUCAAACAUCAUUAUCAAAUUGCAAUGAAAAUCCAUUCAUAAUUAUUGAUGAGACAUAUAGCAUUAAGCUGAGCUAUGAAAUACAAUUAUAA